CAAAGCAAAAAGUGAAACAAAAAAAGCAAAGAGAAAGUGAAGCAAAAAGUGAAAUGAAAAGCAAAGCAAAAGGCAAAGCAAAAAGCAAAACAAAAAGCAAAGCAAAAAGCAAGACAAAGAGCGAAGCCAAAAGCAAGACAAGCGAAAAGCAAAGUGAAAAACAAAGCAAAAACAAAGCAAAAACAAAGCAAAAAGCAAAGCAAAAAGCAAAGCAAAAAGCAAAGCAAAGAGGCGAAGAUAAAAAAUAA